AUGAUUGCGUUAAAAAGUUGCAAUUUCGACUUAGGCAACAAUAAAUUUUACUUAAUAAAUUGUUUCAACAAAAUCGAAUCCCCUCUCUUCUAGUUUUUAAAUUGGAUAAAUUAAAACAAUUACUUACUCAACAACACUAUGAUUCUCUAGAAUAUUAAGUAAUAUCUAACAAUUUGUUUUAUUUAAGGAACAAUUCAAUAAAUCAUAAUGAUGAGUCACAAUGCCUAUUUAUCCUAAUAAUAUCAUUAAAUGAUUUGGAAUUUUGUCAGUUUGCUUGA